GCACUCCUCAGCAGCUACUCUUUUUCUGACAGAGAAGACAAACACUGCGUUGACAGCUGCAUCUUAUGCAUCUUAAUUCCAAACCAAACGCACCUAAGCUUGUGGAAAUGCAGUGUUGGAUCGUAAUAAUGAUCGUUCUUCACGUCCUGCAGGUCCAAGCCUGCGAUCUCGAAAAGCACUACCUGAAUGAUAAUAAGGAAUGUUGCGACAUGUGUGGGCCUGGAACAAGGAUGCCUAACAGGGUCGACUGCAAAGAACCUGCGUGUGUCAAUUGCCAAAAGAACGAAUACCAGGAAGGUUACACAACAAAUACGAAAUGUUCUCUGCAGCCAUACUGUGAUCCAAAUCUUCAUAUGGAACCAACGCCCCCCAUAACAAUGGAACAUAUAAGUCCGUGUAGGUGUAUGGAGGGUUUUCACUGUGUCAACGAACUAUGUGCCACCUGUGUCCUGAAUAGCCAAUGCCCACCUGGCUUCAAGGUGUCCGAAAACGCCACUCAGAAGACUGACACCAAAUGUGAUGAAUGCCCUCCUGGAACUUUCUCAGCUGCAUUUUCAUUAGAGAGCAGCUGUCAGCCGUGGACAGAGUGCAACAAUGACAAGCCACGGCAACAAGGCACUACAAUGACUGACAACAUUUGUAAAGAUGGGGAAAAAACAGCCCACAUUGGUGUUGCUGUUUUUGCAACAAUUUUUGUCCUGGUGGUCAUUGUGGGCAUUAUCAUUUUCUGUCUAAAAGGUAAAUGCGAAGAGCCAUGCCCAAAGAAUGUUUUGAAUGUGUGGACAAAGACAUGGGAGAAAGAGAAAAGACAAGACCAAUUUGAACCUCUGAAGAAUAAAGAAGACAUUGAGGCUGGGAUGAAUGAACAGACUCUGCGACAGGCUGAGGAAAAUGAGGUCAAGGAAGAUGAGACAGACCGAACACCUGUUCAGGUUGUUCAACAGUUUGGGGAAAUCGCUCGUUGUUUACAGACCGGGACGGACAUCCUACCACUGACUCCCGGUAUUUCUCCUCUUCGUCUACUGCCUCCAGAUCAAUUUCAUCUUCAUCCUCGGAGACUGAAGAGGUUACUCUGA